GCUCUGCUCCUCGAGAUUACCCGGGGCAUCUCAACCGCCCUCGCCGUGCGGUCUUCGGCGGUCCCCUGUCCAGACUGCACCUGCAAUUGCGCGCCUGCGCUUGCCUGCUCAGAGGGCGCGCUCCCGCGGGAGUUCGGGCAGGAGACGGGCUGGGAGUGGCCCGGGCCCUGGGCCUGCUUCUCCUUGAUCGGCCUCGGCGCGGUCGCCGGGGCCUCGGCGGUGCUGCUGGCACAGCGCUGGCUGGCGCCUGCCCCCGCAGCGACGCCGGCACGGGCAGCGGGCCCGGCCGAGCUCGCGGACCCCUCGUCCGCCCGAGCGGACUUGCUGCAGGAGGCGCGCGCGCAGCCUGA